CUUUUUCCGCAUUUUCCGAGGAAGAUACUUCCCCUCGACGCAUUUCCAAGGGCUUUGAGCAGCUAAGCAUUUCUUUCAAGCCUCGGCGAGGUCAGGACCUAGCGGCGGACGCGGGGCCGGGAGCGGCCGCAGUCCCCGUCCGCAGGGCGGGCAGCCCAGGUAUCCGGAAGGGGGCGUGGCGCCGGCGGCCUGGCGUGCCCCGGCGCCGAGGUUCCAGGGGACUCUGGCGUGCAGAUGGCGGAAAUGGACCUGGUGGCCGAGCUGCCGCGUCCCGCGGGCGCCGAGCGCUGGGCCGAGGUGAUGGCUCGCUUUGCGGCCAGGCUGGGCGCGCAGGGCCGGCGGGUGGUGCUGGUCACGUCCGGAGGCACGAAGGUCCCCCUGGAAGCCCGACCCGUGCGCUUUCUGGACAACUUCAGCAGCGGGCGCCGCGGGGCAGCGUCGGCGGAGGUCUUCCUGGCUGCGGGCUAUGGGGUCCUGUUCUUGUACCGAGCGCGCUCGGCCUUCCCCUAUGCCCACCGCUUCCCGCCCCAGGCCUGGCUGUCAGCCCUGCGGCCUUCUGGCCCAGCCCAGUCAGGCAAGCUGAGUCUGGAGGCCGAAGAGAAUGCACUCCCCGGCUUUGCCGCAGCAUUGCAGAGCUACCAAGAGGCAGCUGCUGCCGGCACCUUCCUGGCCAUAGAGUUCACCACUUUGGCGGACUACCUGCAUCUGCUGCAGGCUGCGGCCCUGGCUCUCAAUCCACUAGGCUCUUCUGCGAUGUUUUACCUGGCUGCGGCCGUGUCAGAUUUCUAUAUUCCUGUCUCCGAAAUGCCUGAACACAAGAUCUCCUCAUCCGGUGGCUCACUGCAGAUAACAAUGAAGAUGGUGCCAAAAAUGCUCUCUCCUCUGGUUAAAGAUUGGGCUCCCACAGCAUUUAUAGUCUCCUUUAAGCUGGAGACUGACCCGAACAUCGUGAUUAACCGAGCUCGGAAUGCCUUGGAAGUUUAUCAGCAUCAGGUGGUGGUGGCCAACACCCUCGAGUCAAUACAGUCCUUUGUGAUUAUCGUAACCAGAGACUCAGAAACCAAGUUAGUGCUCUCCGAGGAUGAGGUGGCGAAGGGCAUGGUGAUAGAGGAGAAGAUCGUGCAAGACCUUCGGUCUCGACACACCGCGUUCAUAUGUGACAAAAACUGAGGGCCAAGUAGCAGGGUUCUUAGCGCCGAUGAGAACAGAACUAAAGCUGAUCCCUUGCUAAGGAUAAAGACAACGAGGGAACGGUAAGAGCUGUGUGCAGGCAAAGAGCUGUUGGUGUUUGACUGCUGUGCCUCAACAGCUUGACAAACUGGUUCCGAUUUGGAAACUGAACAAGAACUGUUUUUCACUUUGACAAAGCUGACUGUGGGAUUGCAUCCUCUGCUGAACGGACAGGGCUGGAGCUGAAUGACAAGUCUGCUGUGGGACAGCAGGAUCAUGGGUACGUGACUGGUCAUGCUCUGAAGAUCAAGUACUUAUCAAGUGCCUACCGUGUGCCAGGCCCUGUGCGAGCUAUGAGGGUUUACGAGAUGAAGAGACACGUCUCAUUUGGGAACUGGAUUUUAAGUGCAAUAAAAUAUGUGCCCACAAACUGACACAUGAAAA